CUGAAGGGCGGGGGCGAGCUUCGGGGGCGGGGUAUCGUUGAGUUCAGGUGCUUCGGGAGCGCUCGCCUUGACCGCUGGCAUGGCGGGGAGGGGUAAACUAAUCGCGGUGAUUGGGGACGAGGACACGGUGACUGGUUUCCUGCUGGGCGGCAUAGGGGAGCUUAACAAGAACCGCCACCCUAAUUUCUUGGUGGUGGAGAAGGAUACCACCAUCAAUGAGAUCGAAGAUACUUUCAGGCAGUUUCUAAACCGAGAUGACAUUGGCAUCAUUCUCAUCAACCAGUACAUUGCAGAGAUGGUACGGCAUGCCCUGGACGCCCACUAACGCUCCAUUCCGGCUGUCCUGGAGAUCCCAUCCAAGGAGCAUCCCUACGACGCAGCCAAAGACUCCAUCCUGCGCAGGGCCAAGGGCAUGUUCACUGCUGAAGAUCUGCGCUAGAGAUCCCGGCCCUCUGCCCCUCUCUUGAUGCCUGGCCUCCCCAGCUUGCUAUCCUCUUUAAAUUUCAAACCUCUGGUUUCCACCCCCCGCCCCCCCAAUCACUGAGAGGCUGGGUGAGGUGCUUCUAAGGCUGCUGGGGCUGUGCCAUUCAAAUCCAGGCUGGUUAGGGAACAGGAAGCCCAAGCAUCUUCUCUCUCCACUACCUCUUCCCUAUGCUGUUACACAGUGUCAUUGUCGAUAUUAAAUUAAAAGAAUAGUUUUCUCUCCAAA